GAUUAUUUUACAAUGCCAAGCAAGCAUAUAUGCCUCCCAUUGGCAUACAGAUGUGUAUAAUCAUUGUACUAUAAACAUAUUUUAUAGACAGUUUAAAACUAUAUCACAAUAAUUUAUAUAUGGUAGGAAUUUAAACAUUGUAAUGUAUGUAGUUAAAGAGAGCAACUAAAGUGCGAAUCUUUGCGAGAAACAGAACAGAACCUUAUAUCCUUCCAUAGGUUGCCUUGCAGGAUUCUUCCAGAGUUUUGUUUUGGUUUCUCUACACAUGCACAUGAGACACACACACACAAGACAAGAGAUAUAUAUAUAUAUAUAUAGGAAGAGAGAGAGAGAGAGGGGGAAAAGACAAAUAUUCAAGCUUUCUUGGUCCUGUUUCUCCUAUUAACUUCUCUCGAGAGUGUGUAGCUAACUGGUUUUAGUUUUGAAGAUUUAGCUUCUCUUUUGGUCUUCAUCUUAAAACCAUGGAACCAAAUAGAGCCUUCACAACCAUUUGUCUUCUCCUCCUCUGUAUAAUAAUCUCAGCCAAUUUCUUCACUCAUUGCGAUGCAAGAAAACAAGUGGGAUUUAAGAGAGAGCCAGAGAAGGUGAUGAUCAAAGCAGUAAAGCACACAUCAUUGUUAGAGAAAAUGAUGACACAUCUCAACCUUGCUCAGCCUCUGGACUACUCUUCAUCCUCCAUCACUCAACCUUAUGGAGUUAGCACAACUCUCACUCUACCUCCCUAUGUUUCACUUCCUCCACUUUCAGUUCCCGGAAAUGCUCCUCCUUUUUGCGUUAAUCCCCCAAAUACACCUCCGUCCUCCUCUUCUCCACCGACCACAUUACCUAACCCACCCGACUCCUCCUCUAACCCGAACUCCAUCCCCAACCCACCCGAAUCAUCCUCUAACCCAAACCCACCCGAAUCAUCCUCUAACCCGAACCCUCCAGAUUCUUCCUCUAACCCGAACCCACCUGUUACCGUCCCUAACCCACCAGAGUCAUCCUCUAAUCCAGACCCACCCGUUACCGUCCCAAACCCGCCUGAAUCAUCCAUCCCAAACCCUCCCGAAUCUGGUUAUACACCAGGCCCACCAGGUUCUGUUUCAGGCCCACCAUACUCUGAGCCGAGCCCUUCGACCCCGACCGACACUCCUACCCCAUCAGGCGGUAUCCCAACUCCUACCGGAUCAAUCCCAAGUCCGUCGUCGGGGUUUCUUCCUCCGAUCGUGUAUCCGCCGCCAAUGGCGCCACCGUCACCGAGCGUGAAUCCGACCUCGGCUUACUGGUGCGUGGCAAAGCCAUCGGUCCCUGACCCAAUUAUCCAAGAAGCCAUGAACUUUGCAUGUGGGUCUGGAGCUGACUGUCAUUCAAUUCAGCCCAAUGGGCCUUGCUUCAAGCCUAAUACAUUAUGGGCCCAUGCUUCGUUCGCCUUUAAUAGCUAUUGGCAACGGACCAAAGGUACCGGUGGCUCGUGCACGUUCGGCGGCACCGGCAUGCUUGUCACCAUUGACCCAAGCUUUAACGGGUGCCAUUUUGAUUUCUUCUGAGUUCUGAUGCAUGAAGAAGAUGAAGACAUGUCUCACUUUUCAUUUUUUCACCUUUUGUUGGAUACGAAUAAUAUCAAAAGUAAAAUUUUGAUAUAAUACAUUUUAGGUGGGUCUUCUCACCCAUUAAAUCUUUAAUACAAAGUUCAUUGUGAAUGAGAUAUAACUAUGUAGACUUAAAUUAUUAUGCUAA